AUGGAGACAAGCUGCGUACAGAAAUGCAUAGACUUUUUGGAAGCACUAGACGAGAACAAAAACAGGAAAUACAUACAGGAAAUCAAAAAAGCAAUCGAAGAGAACAGAAGGUCCAUACCCAUAGAAUAUUCUGACAUGUUUAACCACGAUCAAGCACUAGCAAUAGAAGCAAAGAGAAAUUUUCCCAUCAUAGAAAAGCAUCUUUCAAAAGCCAUAGAAAUACUUACAGCAAAGUAUUGUCCAGAGUUCAAAAGAAAGGGGGUUUCAACACGAGAGGAGGAGUUUAUCCCAUGUGUUUACGGCUUGGAUGUAAUUUACUCUGUGAGAGAUCUGAAAACAGGUCUUCUUGGACAGCUGGUUUCAUUCUCAGGCAUAGUAACCCGAUCCUCGCAGUCUAAGCCAGAGCUGCUGGAGGGGACAUUUGAGUGCUUGGAGUGCAAGGCCAUGGUGCGGGGGGUUCUUCAAGAAAGAAUGUACAGACAGCCUCUUUCAUGCAUAAAUCCAAUGUGUCUAAACAGAAGUAAGUUCAAACUAUGCCUGGAUGAGUCUAAGUUUAGCGACUACCAGAGAAUAAGGGUUCAAGAGCCAGUGGGGGAAACGGGAGACUCGCAGGCCAUGCCCCGGACUAUUGAGGUUCUUCUAAGAAAUGACCUAGUGGAAAUUGCAAAGCCAGGGGAUUGCGUGAUUAUAACGGGAUACUUAACAGCUAUUGCAUGCCAGCGAGAUGCACUGGGGCAUAGCAACACUACAAAGGUAGGGCUAUCUAAGGCGCCAGAGGCAGAUGCAGUGCGAGGAAAGAGUGCACAAGGAAAAAGCAUCAACCACGAGCUAAUUUUUUCGGGCAUUUCUGUAUCAAAGAGGCAGAAUGAUCCAUUUACCACUCUCUUAGAGAAAAAACAUAAAGAAAGCCAUGUAUCCGAGCUGGACAGAAUGAAGGUUGAAACAAUGGCGCAGGCCCCGAGCCUUCUUUCAAAGCUGGCAAGCAGUCUGUUUCCCUCUAUCUGCGGGCAUGAUAAUAUUAAAAUGGCCAUUCUUCUUAUGCUUGUGGGAGGAACGUCUAAAAAGACUCCUGAAGGAAUUUCUCUUCGUGGAGAUAUAAAUAUCCUGCUUGUGGGCGACCCAGGGACUGCGAAGUCUCAAUUUCUAAAGCAAACAAGUACUUUGGUGGAGCGAGGAGUGUACACCUCAGGAAAGGGAUCAAGUGCAGCAGGUUUAACUGCAAGUGUAAUAAAGGAUGACACGGGUGAGUUUAGCAUUGAGGCCGGCGCUCUUAUGCUUAGUGACAGCGGUGUGUGCUGCAUUGAUGAGUUCGAUAAAAUGGACGAAAGAGACAGAGUAGCAAUCCACGAGGCAAUGGAGCAGCAGUCUAUAACAAUAGCUAAGGGUGGUAUACACGCCACGCUCAGUGCAAGAACAAAAAUCUUGGCAGCAGCAAAUCCUGUGAAAGGAAGAUAUGACAUGCGGAAAACGCUCAGGCAGAACGUAAGGCUCUCUCCUCCAAUUAUGUCCAGAUUCGAUCUGUUCUUUAUUCUGGUGGAUAGCAUUAGCAUUGAGCAUGACCAAGUUAUCUCCAGCCACAUUCUUAAAAGCCACAUGGCGCAUGGAAAGAGCACCAUUAUGCAAGAAAGCUUCUUUUCUGUGGAGGAUGUUAAGACAUUUAUACGCGUAGUAAAGACAAGAGAGCCAAUUCUUUCAAAGGAAGCAGGUGCUGUGAUAGUAGAGAAAUACUUAGAAAUCAGAAAAAACAACUCAGUACAUGCAUUCAACGCAACCCCUAGACAGCUAGAGAGUAUUAUUCGGCUGAGUGAGGCAGUAGCAAAGGUGUACGGGUAUAACGAAGUGUCUACAGAGUGCGUUGAACAGGCAUAUCUGCUUCUUUCUGGAUCUAUAAUGAAUGUUAUAACGGAUGACAUAAAACUUUCUGUUGCAGACGUUGUUGGGGAACGAACUUACACAAUUUCAUUUGAUGAGUAUAUGAAAAUGACAUCUGCUUUGGUAAAGAUUGUUCAAAUGAAGGCAGGUAGCGAUGGAAUAGAGAGAGAAAACUUGCAAAAGGCAUACAUUGAGGAGAACGAGAACGAGAUUACCACAGAGGAGGAGUACUUUAACAUGCAGGAGAAGUUAACAGGACUGAUUGAUCAGCUACUAUACAAGGAAGGGGUGUUCUAUGAACAAGGUGAGAAUAAGAGAAUCCUUCUUCACCCAAACUACAACCUAUUCUAG